AUUGAUCGAUGUGACUUACGCUUUGUAAGACUUCAACAGUUUCUGGGAUACGGGACUGUAAAUGAUACGGUCAAGCUGGCAGGGAGAUGCCUAUUGUAGAUGUAAACUGUAGAUGUUUACGGACCACCUGUGCCAGAGGUUCAAAACAGGUUAUGACACCAGAUGUCGACGACACUGGAGGAUCUUCAGAAUUUCUGGUUUAGGUUCUGCUUACUAGGAGUUCGAUGUGAUAACACUAGAAAACUUGGAAACCGGUCUGGUCCAUGGAGUCACCUUAGAUUUCAACACCUCUUUCUCGUGCUGAGAAGAACAUGGAAUUUGGAUCAGAAGAAAGAACGGUUUGACGUGGACCUUAAUUAUGGAGUAUUCAGCCUUUUGGUAGCUCCAUUUCGUGGAUUCCCUUAAAGAAUUUUACAGCAGGAUGUGCAAGUUUGAAAGUUCCAUCGGGUUUCUGUAAUUUGGUUUAACUAAAAAUAAAAAGUCACUCCGACUUAAUGUUGCAAAGUGUGAAGAAAAAGAUCUGGACUGAUUUCAAAUUAUCUUAUAUAUUUUUGUUCAUGAUUUGUGAAUUAUAAAACAUUUCGGUAUUACUGGACGUCUCUGCUUAUAAAAACAAAUCAACUUGCUUUGACAAGUAGAACCAGAAGCCCGAUAAUCAUCACGUCCGUGCCAGUCAUCAUGUGGAUUAUUUAGGCAAGAUGAACUAUCACAGUACCUUCUCGCUGCAGUCGAUACAUAGGUUAACUAUGAUGAUUUGAUUGCUAUAUGAACAACAUUUCUGAAGAAUCAGACAAAUCUUCAAUUUCACCAUUAAAGUGACCAUCAGGAAAGUUAAAUCCCAAGCGAGCUAUAUCAUGUAUAUCCUGGAGGAGAAACGCAUUCGAUGUAUAUGUCAUAAUCACAUUUCAUUAUCCAAAUCAGGAGAUUGAAGCCUUGCCUGUAACAAAGUCAUGAUUGAUUUGUUCCUUGUUGGUUUAUCUCACUUUGUAAUAUUCAAUGUGUUUGGUCUUGCAAAGAAAUGACAUCUACUUUUUAAGGCACUGUAUACUUCCUAUUCAGAGUGAUUUUUAAUGACUGCCCAAAUACGCAUCAUCAAUUCGCCAUAGAGAUGGAAGUAAUUGUGUAAAUCGUAUCAUGUUGGAGAAUAGGUGACAGAAGAAAGAAGAACAAAACUAUUCAAGAAUUUCUUCCGGGAUUAAAAAAAAAUUAAAGUCCGUAUUAAGAACUUGAUGACGACAAUGGCGACAGGACGAGUGGAGUUCCCUCAGCUUCGAUCACUGGGUCGACCACCAAAGAAAGCGAACGCGAUCACCGCCGGCUUGAGAGAUUCAUCAAGACUAGUUGACAUCAACUUGAGUUCUCGCUUGAUUAAUCGUUUACCGGCCACCAUCUCGUCAACGAGCGUUGAAGAAGAUGAGCCGGUGUGUGAAGACCCAUCCCUUCCUCGUCAUUUCUCUCUUCAGGGUCAGCCGAAGAAUAAAACCGCCGAGAAACGACUUCAGUUCUACAAACGAAUGAGCAGUCGUAAUUUAAUCGGAGUACAAAACGCGGUUGAAGCCACUACUCCCGGGAACCUUGAUAGCCAUAAGGUUGGAGAGAAAGAGGAGAGGGCGCGACGGCCGUUUACGCGUUCGGAGAGUUUCCGACUUGGAGCUAUCAAGGAACUCGCCAAGCAAAACAGCUCUCUGAGUGAUAUUUACGACGACAGUGCGUAUUUACGACGGUCUAGUAAUUUCAGCGACGGAACAGUGGAUGUUGUCAAAACACGCUCCGUGCCUCGACCGCGAGGAAAGUCUCUCACAAAACAGAUAAGUCUUCUCAGUCUUCGCUCGAACACGUCGACGAUGUCGUUGAUGAGUUUAGACAAGAUGGGAAGGAGUGGGAGAAGGAGAAGCAGAGGUAGCUUUAAUCCAAGGUCGGGCUCACGAACGAGGAAGUCUGGUCGACAGGGAGAAUCACCAUCCCGGAUUGGCGGGAGACUAAGCAGGAGAUCGCAACUCAAGGCUAUCGCUCCCCCUCCAAGUUUGAUAAAGCACCGUUUUAUGAAGGCUGUAAGACUUCUUCAGCUAAUUAACCGCUCGUUUCAGAUCAACAAAAGAAGCCGUUAUGUGAGGGAACAAGAUGCCGAGAGUGUCGGUCUGGGUAGCCAUUCUUCUCCUAAGAAAGAAGUAGGAAUCUUUUUCGAUCUUAAUCACUUCAAGGCGAGAAAAGAGGGUCAGCUCAGUUUGGAAGUUAAACGGAUUUUAAUGAAGGAACCAAGUGACAGGAGUCAUGAAGAAGUAAAGAAGGCAUUAAUUUCACUUCGUACAACUCUGGACGCUUUCUGCGAGUUUCCAGUUCAAAUGCAACAAUCUAUCGCAAAAUUUGGAUUCUAUAACAAGCUUGAGAAACGUCGCGUGAUCGUACGGGAAGGUCAUCGAGCAGAUAACUUUCACCUGAUGUUAUCAGGUACAGCGAUCAUCACCACAACUACCAGGGAUGAGCAAACUCAAGAACCAAGGGUUAAACUCGUCAACUUCAUCAAGAGAGGAAACACUUUUGGAGAACGAGAACUGAUGACUGGGGUUGUGAGACCACACACUAUCGUAUGUCACGAGGAAGUUGAAUUACUCAGCUUAGACAGAGAGGAAUAUAUGACAAUCUUCACACCUAAGAACGAGCUUGAGAUCGAGCAGGACGUCGAUGUGGUCACUUUUCUUCGUACGAUCACGGUUUUUAACGAUUGGCCUGUCGAGAAGCUACCGAAGAACAACCCUGCUAUCUGCCUUCUCACCUACUUUAGAAAGGGCGCGGUGGUUUGCCUGAACAGCAACAAGACGGAAUGGAUUUAUGUCGUCAAAUCUGGAGCUUGUCAAGUGCUAAAAGAACUCAAAGAACCUAUAACUACAACUCCACGCAAGACCAAGGUGAUAGAAUCUCCCAGGAAGAAACAAACAACUCACAAAGCAAAUCGCAGAAAGAAACUGAAGUUACCACCCAUCAUCAAAGUCACGGAAGACGACCAACCCUCAUCCACGUCCUGGUCCUCUAGCCCCGCCCCUAGCAUCAGAGAUGACGUCAGCAUCGCAAGCAUUGGAAGUAAUGGGGAGCCGAAGGUAUCCAAGGAGAAAGGGCGGUUUUACAAGGCAGCUAAGACAGUUUUCACCACUGAGGUACAACUUAGACAGAAGCUGGACCGUAUUGGAAACGCCGAGGAACACAUUUCAUUGUUGGAUAAUAUUAAUGCUCGGAGUCGCAGCCCUCGCCUCGCUGACUUAACGACAACGCUGAUGGUGUCCAUGGCUUCUGAUGCUGGUAGUACACGAGAUUGUGACGAGAGGAAUUCAAUCUUUCUUAAACUCCGACGAUGUGUUUCGGGUGAAGUUUUCGGGCUCAACUCAAUCCUCUUUAAGUCUGUCGGGGGUUCCCCUAGUUUAACUCUGACGUCAGAAGGGGCCGAGUGCAUCCUCAUCUCCAAGAAUUUCUUCCUGCAGCACCUAACUGAGACAGCCAAAGAUCGUCUACUUCGUACGGUCCCUCCGUGGCCGGCUGAAGCUCGUUUACAAGAAUUACUUCAAGAACACGCUGACUGGGAUAAAUACAAAUCAGCUAUGAUUGGAGAUAUCAUCACAUUCAACAAGAAGGUAGCCACUGGUAUAAUCUGAUGAGUUUAUCAUGGACAUGUUCAUCUCAAUGUCGACGCCAAAGACAGCAUUUGUAUUACUAGUGCAGAAUUUACGAAAAAGUGCGGGUGUAUGUUUUCGAACAGCUAUACUAAACACCCACCCGGCCCAGCCGCUUUCAAGGGGAAGUUCACCCUGUCAAAAAGUUUAAUGUAAAAAUAGCAAAAAAAUAAUUAUAAGAUAUUGUCGAAAGUUUGAGAAAAAUCCAUUAAAGAAUAAAGAAGUUAUUAGAAUUUUAAUUAUUUGAUUUGUGACGUCGCAUGGUUAAAAAAAUCAAUGAAAUGUCAUAGUCUCAGAAAAUUGAACAUAGUUUUUACAGUACCUUCAGUAUAUCAAUAGACAAAUCAUUUCACAUCCGUCGCUAAGAAGAAAACAAAAGUAAGUCAUCACGAACCAUUUAAAAAAAAGAAAUUUAGGCAUUUUAUAUUACAUAACAUAUGGGGGCAGCUGCUCGUUUAUGACGUCACAAAUCCAAAGCUUUAAAUUCUUAUAACUUUCUUAGAAUUUAAUGGAUUUUCCUCAAACCUUAACCAAUAUAUUUUAUUAUUUUUCUGCUAUUUUUACAACAAACUUUUCUUCACGGUGAACUUCCCUUUUAAAUGUGAGACGGAUAUCAACCCCAUAUGGAAUCAACACAUGUUUGUCCACAGUUAGUGGCGUAGUAUUAUUGUUUUCAGUACCCCCUUUUCAUCCAAGUUUGAUCAUAACGGUUAAAUCUUGAUCGCAGGUCGGACGACACUCUAAAUCGCAGAGAUUUCAAAUAAAUCCUCAUCGGCUGUGGUUCGUUACCAGUCGAACUCCUGCCUUGGAUUUUAAUCGUAAAGAAUUGAAUUUAAAUCAUUUGAGAAUAAAAAAAUAAUCUUGAGCAUUAAAACUAAAUACAGAGUUGGACUGAUCAGUUCGGAUUAUUAGGAUUUAUUUCAAAUAUCUGAGCUUGAGAGUGUAUCUCAUCACUGCUUUCACGGGUUUAUGGUUAACUCAGCAAACGUUCAAAUAAGUUCAGUGCAAAUUAAAAUUCGGGACAUAUUUUAACUCAUUUAUUCAGUUGAAAAAACACACACAUAAUUAACAGAUAAACCAAAUAUAUACCACAAUAUUGCACAACCUAACAGGUUCAUCUACAUCACAUAUUGGCUAAGAAAAAAUAUAAAAAGUUUCUGAGAUUAUAAAGGACGGAAAAUAUACAGGCACUCGAAUUUUCUCAAAUAAGUCUUCAAAAUAUACAUAUAAGACACAGAUUUCACGAUGAGAUAGCCAGUUCUAUUGCACUGACCUCUUUUGUGUCUAAUUUAUACUUUCUCUCGAGUUGCAUUUUCACAAAUUUAAUUUCGCAGAAAAUAUGUUCAAUUACCAUAUUUUGUCAUUUUAUAAAUUCGAUAUGAUAAGCAUUCAGGUUGAUAAUAUAUCUCUUCAUGAUCAUUAGACGAAAAACAUCUUCGAUUUGCUUUCAAUUUCAUCUGAUUAUGUUUCAAUACACUGAGCUUUAUUGGUCGAGAUAUAUUAAUCUUAAUUUAAAAUUUUGUGAUAAUGUUGUGUUUAUUGUUUCGAAGUAAAAGUGCUGUCUCAAACUGAGAGUGAAUAUUUUGAUGCUCUCUUUUAAUUAAUGGUGCUAUUCCAUUAUUGUACUGUAUCUUACACUGUACACUCUUAGAAAAAAGGUUCUUAAAGGGUUCUAUAUACUAGUCCCGUAUUUAAAACCUUUACAUGUUCCCUAAAGGGUUCUAAUUUACCAUAAACAGCCACUUUGAGACUUUUCAAGUUCUUUUUAUACGUAAAGAAUCUUUUUCGAAUCCCUUUUUCGAGAGAGUUCAAAUUCGCACUUUUUUUUGAAAGAGUAUAUAAAUGAAGAUAAUUUGUAUUUAUACCAGCAAACUUGUUAACUUAUUCAAUGUAUAUCAUCUGUAGUGACAUAUUAUUAAAUAGUGUUUAAAAUAUUAACAA